UGAAGAGUGUUUCCUGUUUUACCGAGACGGUAACGUUAGAAAUUGAAAAUAAUGGUUAAUUUACAUUUUCCAGCAACUCUGACCGAAGAAGAGGAACAGCUCAAACUAAAAUAUGCGAAACUCAAGAAAAAGAAAAAGGCUUUACAGCAGAUGAAAACCGCCAAACCAGAGCCCCAGGUUGUGAAAGAAAAAGAAGCAGCCAAGAGACCACAUGAGUCAGCUGGUGAUGCUAUGAUUCAAGCAAAGAAACUUGUCCAGAAAGGGUUGAUAAAAAUAGAAUCUGAUACCAGAGAGAAAACAGGCUUCAAAAGGUCAAAAUACUUAGAGAAGAAACUGAAGGAUCCGGAGAAAACUCCUUCUUCAUCAGUUAGCUUCCAGCCUUUCUCAGCAGCAGCUCAACACUCUGAGGAUGAUGAAAAACCAGAGACUUCAACCGCCCGUCCUAAAGUAAAAGGGUUGUAUGAGAGUUUUGUCAGCACCGGAAACAGGUAUGAGAGGGAACGAGAACGUGACCCUGAGCGUGAGCGGCGAGAGUCGCGGGAUGACCGGCGUGACGAGAGGCGGGACCGGGAGAGGGAGCCGCCCAAGAAGGGCCGGACAAUCUAUAUCCACGGCCAUGGCAUCAGUGAAGAGUUGCUGAGGAAGGCUGGAUCAAACUUUGGCAAUGUUGUAAAUAUCACCAUGGAAACAGACAGGAAUUGUGGGUUUGUGACGUUUGAGAAGCUGGAGUCUGCAGACCAGGCCAUCACUGAGAUGAAUGGCAGUAUGAUUGACAACGUGCAGCUCAAAGUGUCCAUGGCCAGACGACAACCUACAUUUGAGAACGUCACAGAUCAGACAGGGCCUGGCUGGUCUACGAUAGCUGCAAGCAAUUCUCAGAAGGGAUCUGGCCACAAAGACAAACGGAAUAUGGUUGUCUACAAUGAAGAUAUAUUCUGAUCAUAAAACUGAUGCGGAAAGUUUGAGUGUCCGAAACUGAUGUAUCUCACCGAUGGAAGACAGUGCGCCAUGUACUGCCACAGCUUCAGCAGAUUGUGUGGGAAGGAUCUGUCAGUUGGUUGAUUGUGUGGGCAGGAUCUGUCAGUUGGUUGAUUGUGUGGGCUGGAUCUGUCAGUUGGUUGUGUGGGCAGGAUCUGUCAGUUGGUUGAUUGUGUGGGCAGGAUCUGUCAGUUGGUUGAUUGUGUGGGCAGGAUCUGUCAGUUGGUUGAUUGUGUGGGCAGGAUCUGUCAGUUGGUUGAUUGUGUGGGCAGGAUCUGUCAGUUGGUUGUGUGGGCAGGAUCUCUCAGUUGGUUGAUUGUGUCAACAGGAUCAGUCAGUUGGUUUAUGUAUCCUGCUCUGAUGGAACGGGAAGGCGAUCAUGCUAUCAACCACUGGUUUGCCUGGCUAAAUCUCAUUAUUUACAUGCUGCAAUGAUAUAGCUGACAUUGUGUUGCUGAAAGCGUAAAACAAGCAAUUCUACAGCUGGACAAAAUGUUAUUUCUCAUUGUUGUUUUCAGUGGGAAAUUUGAAUUAGAAUUGGACCCUAGCAACCUAUGCUUGUCAUAAGAGGCGACUAUGUGGAUUUGGUGCUAAUGCUCUGGCUUGGUUGAUGGAUUGGGGUGUUGCUCCUAAUAUCAAUCACCGGUUUGUCUUGUCCAGACUCACUUCUUUACAGGCCACAGUCAUAUAGCUGGAAUAUUGCGGAGUGUAGUGUUGCACAACAAUGUAGUCCAUGCAAGAUGUCCAUAUAUGAAGGUUGUGUUUACUGUCUGACCAUGCUGACAGGUGCAGAUGAAUCGAAGUGAAUUAUACUACUCACCAUUUGUUAAGGACACAAGCUGUUUCAUACUGUGAUGUUACGCUAAUACAAUUGAAUUUAACUUUGUAUUAACUUGAAAUGAAGCUGCAAAUUUAUAUACUAUUUGUAAGACACCAUAUUCAAGCAAUCGGUCUCAUUCAGACUCUACCUGGAUAUUCCCAAUCCCUAUCAAAACUUGAAUAGUAUAUAUAAGCUGAAGUUGUUCCAUGUCUUGAAUGUGACUCUCUGACAUCGUUACCUGGGAAUGUUUCAGCUACAGUUGAGAUUCAUACCAUCCCGUGAAGAUCCCGGUAGAAUAGGUCUUCAGCAACCCAUGCUUGCCAUAAAAGGGGACUAUGCUUGUCGUAAAAGGCGACUAACGGGAUGGGGUGGUCAGGCUCGCUGUCUUGGUUGAUGCAUGUCAUCAUAUCCCAAUUGAGUGGAUCGAUGCUCAUGAUGUCAAUCACUGGAUAGCCUGGUUCAGACUUGUUUACUUUCAGAUCGCCAUCAUAUAGCUGGAAUAUUGCUGAGUGCGGUGUUAAACAACAAACCAACCAACUAAUCAUACCAGCCAUCUCAAAUAUGCAUCAUCCGGUGCCAUCUGGGGAAUGACAGCUAUAUGCUCAGCCGUUAUUGUGCAGUGUUUGAAUAAACAAAACUACAAUUCA